AUGGUCAAGACUACUUACCUUCUUACGCUCUUUGCGGCCGUGAGCUUGGCUGCGCCUGUGCCUUCGGGCCAGGAUAAUGCGCAGGUGCGCCGUGAUGGUCAUGGAAACCUCAUUGGCGCUGGUGCUGAUGGCAGCGUCAACCAGAUCCUAAGCUCGCUGGCUCCCCGGGGACAGAGCCGUGGCAACAAGCCGGACCUGAUUAGCAGUCUGCCCAUCGUCGGUGGUCUGCUCGGUGGGAAAUCAAAGAACAAGGGUCGCGACUUGGACAGCAGCCAAGGUGGCCUCCCUAUUUUGAGCGGCUUGCUCGGUGGAGGAAAAGGCAAGCGAGACUACGGACAAAAUGAUGGCCAGAAUUUCGGCCAGAAUGCCGGUCAAAACCUCGGGCAAAAUGGUGGUCAGAACGAAGGCCAGAAUGAGGGCCAGAACGAAGGCCAGAAUGAGGGAGAGAACGAAGGCCAGAACGAGGGCCAAAAUGCUGCCCAGAACGGUGACGAGAACCAGCGUCGUGACUUGGGCAGUGACCUCAGUAGCCUCCCGAUCGUUGGCGGACUCUUGGGUGGUGACAAGGACAAGAAGAAGGGUGAUGGUGAGAAGGUUGACCAGAAGCACGAGGCGCGUCAGCUCAAGGGCGUCGAGAAGUUCCUGCACGGCCUGACCAGCGGUGGUCCCGUGACCAAGAGCCAGCGCCGUGACCAGAUGGAGAACCCCCAGUUUGGUCCUCUCAGCGGUGUUGUCGAUAAAGCUGUCGCCGAUGGAUACACUGCUGCUGAUGAAGCUAUGCCGAUGCGCCGUGAUAUGGACGAGGGCGAGAAGAGCCCGCUCAGCGGGUUGACUGGGAAGGGCGGCCUCGGCUCUCUGUUCAAGACCGGUCACCAUGGCUUUGGUAUCGGACCGCAACGCCGUGACGUCCACGAGCACGAGGAACGCGGCCAGAAGCCUAUCCAGGGCUCCACAUUGAUGGAUGUUCUGUUCAAGGGCGGUGCUAUCGGCAAGCUGACCAAGGGCCUUUCUCCCAAGCCUGCUGGUGGUGCUAAGGGCGCUGGCGGUGCUGGUGGUGCUAAGGGUGGUCAGUAG